UUACAAGUUUAUUUGAAUUCCUCAGAGGGCUUUAAAGAAGCAGCUGAAAAAUUCCAACAAGAAUCUGGUGUUGGUCCCACAGUGGAGCUGAAUUCUAUGGACGACAGAAUUCGCAUUCGUGAUGCAGUCCAAAAUGGAAGAAUCCAAGAGGCUACAGAUCUUGUUAAUCAACUCCAUCCGGAGUUACUCGAUAAUGACAGAUACCUGUAUUUUCACUUGCAACAGCUGCAUCUCAUUGAACUUAUUCGAACUGGACGAAUAGAGGAGGCACUGCAAUUUGCCCAGGAGCAGCUAAGUGAGGCUGGUGAAGCCGACGACAAUAUUUUAAGUGAGCUGGAGAGGACUCUUGCAUUAUUAGCAUUUGAAGAACCCAUGAAGAGUCCUUUUAGUGAUUUACUUCAUCCAUCGCACAGACAAAAGAUUGCAAGUGAAUUGAACACAGCAAUUUUAAAAAUGGAGCACAGAGAGUCAACGAGCCCAAGACUAAAUAAUCUCCUCAAGAUGAUUCUGUGGGCACAGGAUGAACUCGACAAGAAAAAAGUGAAAUACCCAAAAAUGACCGAUCUUGGAAGUGCAACAAUUGAAAACCCGAAGUAGUCAAAUCAACCUCUCUAAUGGAAAAAAAAUUGUAACAUGAAUUCAGAGCUAUUUAUUCAUAUAAUAGUCCCACAAGACUGUAAUGAUUGUCUAAGUAUAAGUAAAACAAUGAGGAAAUGUGGAAAAUUAAUGAUUAAUAGUUAAUGAUAAAUUUUCUUUUUUUACGUGCAAAAUGUAUUAUAUUAUUAAUUCAAUAGAACUAUUAAAAUUUUAUUAAAAUUGUAAGCUCUAGUGAGAAUGGAAUAAUCUCUGUAAAAUAACUCCAAUGAUUGACACUGAUCCGAUUCGUUUCUUUCUUUUUUUUUAUACUAGGAAAAAAUCAAUAUAAAAAUGUCCUACUAACUCUACUUAUAUCAUAGUAUAUCUGUAUAAUUACAUGUUUUUUACCUCAUAGUUUAUCCUCACCUAAGAGGAAAUGAAUUUAGAGAAUUGAAAUAAAUAAGCUAAUUAAAUUCAA